CAGGAACUUCUUUACAAAAAGGACAAAGGAACUCAAACCUGCUGUCCACAGUGCUCCAGGCUGGAAGUUAUUUGGGAAAGUUCCACCAAAAGAGAAUUUACAGAAAGACUCCAAAAUAAUUCAACAGGAUGAAAGUUCUGGCAGUGUUGCAUCAGUAUCUACACUCAAUCUAUUAAGCACAGGGGAUGGUCUCUACCUACAGGCUUAUAAUAUAGAUUUCACCAAAGAGGAAUAUGAAGCAAGAACAGGAAAACUGUGCAAACCCGCCCCCCAGGCAACAAGACGUAGACACUUUGAAUUUGAGCCACUUUCAACUACUGCUCUUAUUCUGGAGGAUCGACCAUCGAAUCUUCCUGCCAAAUCGGUAGAAGAGGCUUUGCGUCACAGACAAGAAUAUGAUGAAAUGGUUGCAGAAGCAAAAAAGAGAGAAAUUAAGGAUGCACACAGAAGGAAGAAAAUAAUGAAAGAACGCUUCAAGCAAGAGGAGAAUAUUGCUAGUGCUAUGGUGAUUUGGGUCAAUGAAAUACUACCUAAUUGGGAGACUAUGCGUACUACAAGGAGAGUUCGAGAACUGUGGUGGCAAGGGUUACCUCCAAGUGUCCGUGGGAGGGUUUGGAGUCUUGCUGUAGGAAAUGAACUGAAUAUCACUCCUGAACUCUAUGAAAUUUUCUUAUCUAGAGCAAAGGAACGAUGGAAGUCAUUUGGAGAGACAGGUGCUGAGAAUGAUGCUGAAGAUGCUGGAGUAUCUGUUGCUGACCGGGAGGCUAGUUUGGAACUAAUAAAAUUGGAUAUAUCCCGCACAUUUCCAUCCCUCUAUAUUUUUCAGAAGGGUGGGCCUUAUCAUGAUCUUUUGCACAGUGUCUUGGGAGCAUAUACAUGUUACAGACCUGAUGUAGGAUAUGUCCAGGGAAUGUCCUUCAUUGCUGCGGUCCUCAUUCUUAAUCUGGAAGAGGCAGAUGCUUUUAUUGCUUUUGCCAACCUCCUGAAUAAGCCAUGCCAGCUGGCCUUUUUCCGUGUGGAUCACAGCAUGAUGCUGAAGUACUUUGCAGCAUUUGAAGUAUUUUUUGAAGAAAACCUCCCCAAGUUGUUUCAUCAUUUUAAAUCCUACAAUCUUACCCCUGAUAUAUACUUGAUAGAUUGGAUCUUCACCCUGUACAGCAAGUCACUACCCCUUGAUUUGGCCUGUCGAGUCUGGGAUGUCUUUUGUAGAGAUGGAGAAGAAUUUUUGUUCAGAACUGGUUUAGGAAUUCUUAGGUUAUAUGAAGAUAUUCUCCUUCAGAUGGACUUCAUUCAUAUAGCACAGUUUCUAACAAAGCUGCCUGAAGACAUCACAUCAGAGAAGCUCUUCAGCUGUAUUACAUCUAUUCAGAUGCAGAAUAGUAACAAAAAAUGGGCCCAGGUGUUUGCCUCAUUAAUGAAGGACAGUAAAGAAGGAGAUAAGAAUAGUCCAGCACUAAAAAGUUAACUUCCAAGUUUAAUGGGAAUAAUAAAUAAAUAAAUGUAUCAAACACCACUCACUUCUUAAAGGAUUUUAAACAUCUCCAUGAAAACCACUAGAGAGAAACAGCCUGGGAGACUUAAAGAAGAGACAGUAUUUGACUGAACGCAGUGGUGGAAUUGGACGGUCUUCACCCUGCUGCCAGUAUUAAAGAACUUUUUGUGGGAAGAGUUCUUUUCACAGGAAGUGCAACAAUUAAAACUUGUGAACCUGAGAAAGUGGCUAAUGCAUAUUUAAUAUUUAAAGUUGAAUGCAAUAAAAUUUGUAAUAACUUUUGUUGGUACUUAAAAUUUUGAGGGAUACCUUUUUUUAUGAUUACCACAAAGGCACUUUUGGGAGGAGGGCUGGUGUUUAAAGUAAGGCCCAAAAACUGCUACCUGAACCAAACAUUUUGGUACAAAUACCUCCAAAAUUAACUAGUGAAAUAUUUAGGACCAAAAAAGAUAUAUUUUUGGGGUAUGCAUGCUUGCCAGAUAAUAGGAAGCUUUAUGUAUGUCUUACUAAGCUCCUUUUAAACUGCAGCUUCACUCUUCAGCUAAGUGAAUGUAUGUAUGCUAGAAAAGAUAAAGCUGCACUAAGUCUCCCCACAGGGUCAUUGGCAUAAAGAUGGCAGUAAUAAAGUAAAUCAUUUGGGUAGUGUACUUGUAUAAACAAAUGAUGGGUAUUCAGAAUCAUUUUCUUCUUCUUUCUGAAGUUUUUUUUAAAGUACUUGGUGGACAGCGUGGUUAAAGGCAAAAUUGGAUUUCUGUUCCAUGAAAUUCAAAUGAAUUUUUUGUUUUUUUAAUCAAAGUGGCUUAUACUUGAUGAUAAACACUAGUAUAAUUAAUAAGCUAGUGGUAAGUCCUUUUUGCACAUUUUAAGCAAUGUUAAUGUUGAAAAUUUCAGUCCCUAUAUAUUAAAGCUUUUUGCUCACUUACAUUCAGUGGUAAAUAGUUUUGAACUGCAGUGUGUACAGUAAUGAGUUCCCCAAAUGCAUACUGUCAGUCUAUUAUCUUAUUGUUCAGCAACAUCAUACUGUAUGACAUAUGAACUUCUUAGACUUCUUUCACACUCCAAAACAUUUUAAAAUGGUUUUGAACCAGAGGGGGAAUAUUUAAGGAUACCUCUUAAAUUUCUGAACAGCUAAUGUUUGUUCUUUCUAAGUCCAUUUUGAUAGUAUUAAUGUAAAUAAGACUGCAUUAUGUUAUUUUGUACACUGUCCCGUCAUGUGCAAAUAAAGUCAAAAUUAUCAUUGCAUUAAAAAAAAAGGAAAAGAGUGAGAUCACUUCAGUUGUCAAAUGUUAAAAGAAGUUGCAGAACCGGUUUUAAAGAUUUGGCUUACAAUAUGUUGUACUAUUUAUGUUGCUAUCAGAUUUAAAACUACACUUUACUUACAACAUACAAUUUGAAGUUAAACUGUUUUUCCUUUUCUUAUGUAUUUACUUACUUGGUUCCAGUGUAUGUCCUCUGUGUGGGUUCUCUUGUACAGUUUUCUUACUUUUCAAGUAUAAACAUGUAUAUAAAUUGUAAAUAGAAGGAAUUUAGCCUUCAUCCAGGACCACUAGUAACAAUUCCUCUGUAAAUAAAACUUGUAAGCAGCA